CCUCAGACUUUAAAAACAUCCGAGGAGAAACCGAAGAAGAGAACCCCAAAUAUGUUCAUCUUAUUCCGUAAAGAAAUGAUGAGAUAUAAACCGUACAAUAUGCAAAUGACUAAAUACAGCAAGAUUGUCUCAGAAAAAUGGAAGAAACUUUCAGAAGUUGAAAAAAACGAACUACAAAGGCGAUAUCAAAUAAAUAGAGAUCAAAAAUUACAAAAUCCGGUUAAUGAAUAUGGUAUCAAUGAUAAUGGUGCAAUAAAUUAUCCUUUACCUUCAGUAAAAUGUAGGAAUGAAAAUGAUGCUGCUAAACGGGAUCAAAACACGAUUAACGCAGAGCAGAUAAUUAAAUGA